AUGCAUAACUUCCCCUACGUUACACUUCAAGAGUGGUAUAAGCUUCGCUCCAAACCAGGGAAAAAGGAAAAGGAGAGAGGAGAGAUUGAAGUGGAUAUCCAGUUUAUGAGGAGUAACAUGACAGCCAGUAUGUUUGAUUUGUCCAUGAAAGACAAGCCUCGCUCUACGUUUGGCAAGCUCAAAGACAAGCUCAAAGGAAAGAGGAGCAGCGGGCUUUCUGACACGGCAUCAGCAAUCGUUCCAAGCGCAAGUCACUCCCCAGCUGACAGCGAAGAUGAGUCAGUUGAGAAGGAAAAGAAGAAAUCGAAGUUCAAGACGCUGUUUUCCAAGCCUGGUCUGCAGAAGACUUCUCUUUCUCAGUCCAUGUCAGUCUUGCCUACACAUCAGCCCGUAACUGAGAAAGUUAGGCUUAGGCCUAGUGACUUUCAGUCAAGAUGGGAUGAUGAGGAAUCUGAGACAUCUCCAACCUCAGACAAAGCCUUCAGAAACACCCUUGAAGAGAAGUCCUCUCCCUCUCCUGUGUCUAAAUUUCAUAAAAUAGCAAGUUUGGACAGCAGGCAACUAAACCAAAUAACCAUUAGCAAUACCAAGAAAGAAGGUCUCUCUUUAUUUGGUGGCCUUAAAUCCAAAAGUGAUCCUGUUUCCAAAUCUAGUUUGUGUAUCAAUGGCAGUCAUGUUUAUGUGGAAGAGAACAACACGCCUAAGGACAACACUCCAGCCUCCUCCCCAUCCCCUCACAACUUGAGGAGGAAGCAGCUCUUUGCUUCAGAAGAGAACCUGUCUUCCAAACCUACUAAAGGGCCUGAAGAAACAGGAAGAACAUCUCCUAGCAGUCUUUUAUCUGGGUCUGCAUCACUGGAGACUUUUAAAUCUAUGACUUUACCGUCAUAUAAAUUGCUUAGCAGUGAAGAUUACAUGGAGACCAGUGUUCCUCUGACUGUUGAUAUUACUAAAGAGAACAAAAAAAUGGACCACAAAAAGCCGGCCUUGUUCUCUCUGGUCACAGGGAAAAAGGAAACAGUGAAAAACAGUGAUGUUGGAAGUAUUCCAGACAGGACUUUGAAGGAGGAGGAAACCAAAGUUCCAGAAGAGACGAGUGAAGAAGAGACCAAACGUCUUGAAAUUCCACCAGGUUUAAGCAAAGGAAAUCCUUCUGAAAAGAGUAAUGAAGAAGAAAUCUUCAAAAAUAAGCAACCGCUCAACCCUUUUGAAGAAGACCGGAAACCUGAAAAAGCUGCUGCAUCAGCAAAGACUGCACAGACUAGAGCUGUCAAACCCAGGCUUCAGCCUGUGAAGCCAAUGAAUGCCUCAGCAAGCAAGUCUCAAACUAAAAAUAUGAAUGUCAUCAGCACUAUGAACGAAAAGCUGCUUGAGAUGAGCGUAAAGAAAUAUGAUCCUUCGGAUCCUGGCCAUGCUUAUGCUCAGUUAACGCACGAUGAGCUGAUUCAGCUGGUCUUGAAACAGAAGGAUACAAUUACCAAGAAAGAACUCCAGGUGCGUGAGCUUGAAGACUACAUCGAUAACUUGCUUGUUAGGGUCAUGGAAGAAACCCCAAACAUUCUUCGUGUUUCAACUUCUGGAAAUAAAAAAGCUGGAAAGAUAUAAAAGUUCUCUGGACUUUGAACAAAGGACUGAAUUCCCGCAAGUGGCCUUUGAUUAAUAAGGAGACAAUGUCAAGUAGGUGGUACUGGUAUGCUGCCCACAGGAAAUGACCUCUUUCCUGUUUCUGAGUUGAGCAACCAUCAGGUUGAUUCGUAGUUACAUCAGGUCUUAUAUAUGGAAUCCAGAAAUGGAGUCAAUUUCUCAUAUUUAUUUUUUGGUAUCUCUUCAUUAUUGGGGAAGAUUUGUUAAGGAAUUGAAUCCGCAGGAUGAUUGUGAUGUCAGGGAUGAAGGGUUUUUUGAUAAGUUUUGCCUGCCAGCAAGGCACUGAUGAUCCUUUACGAAUAUUUUUUGUUUUUUUCUAACCAUGGUUUUGUUUCUUAGCAACUUUGACAGAUCAGUUAUUCUUUUUUUUUUUUUAGUGCAAUAUAAAACCUUGUACAGUAGAGCUUGAGGAUUUGCUUUGCUUUGAAUAACUACACUGGAGAAGUCCAAAGAGUUAUGCUUCAGAAUAAGGCUGCUUGGGUUGUAUUUUAAAACCAGUUAAUGCCCUAAAAGUUGAAUGCAAGUUAACUCUUAGCUUGGAAAGGAAGAAGCAAAGCUAAAUUACUGUCAUAAAUUAAAUAGUUUCAAGGGUGUUCUCCAAGAAAUACUAGUGAAUUUGGGCCAAAGGUGUAAAUUGGCUGUUCUUUCAUAGUCAUCAAAUUCCUGCUUUGAAGGUUGUUCAAACAAGGGAGGCAAAGGUACACCUGGUUUCUGUUCUGUAUUCUUAAUAGGUAUGGACUUUGCAGCACAUGUGUUUGGCCUGUCUCUAUGAAAGUUCUGCGACAAUUACGAUACUAUACCAUUGCGGUUUAUUAAUUCUAAAUACCUUGGAUUUUGGGACUGGGGCUUACCUUGGAACAGCUUUCAAAGGUGAUCAGUCUUAGAAUGAUUUCUUUCAUACAUUCCUUAUACCUCUAAGACAGGAACCAAUUCACCCUCGCUUUGGUAUGGGAGUCAAAAUGCUAACUCUCAAAUCUGAUUUGGUUUUCUUCAUGGUUUGAAGUUCAGAAUGAGAUGAAAAUUGUAUGUAGCUGAGAAAGUGUGUAGGUUUUGCAAGACAAUCAGAUACUUCUGUCUGCUUCCUUAAUUUGUGGCCUGUUUGCAGUUUCAUAGAGGACAGGUACAUUCUCCUCCCCGUGUCAUCGGACAGAAAAUAACAGCAUAACGCUAUGGAGCAGUCACUGCAGCAGGCUUCUUUCACUGAAAACUAACCAUGACUUUUUUGUGGCAAGCUCUUGUCAAAGAUCGACAAGUCAGGUGCAUCUUUGCAGCUCUUGGGUUUAUCAGGGUUGCGAGGGUCUGUGAUGUAAUACCAGGAAGUGUUUUGGAAGGAAGUCAAAAUAUUGAAAGAGUGGGUAGCAGAGAACCAAAACAAAUCUUCCUACCUUCUGAAGUGGAAAGGGUCGAUUAAGUCACUCCCGACUUAGGGCCAGCCUCUCUAUUUCCAAAGGGGUGAGCUUCUAACAAAAUAUUCCUACAGCAGAGCACUUUAAUGACGGAUAAUAAUGGCUGGAUUGGCUACUGACUUGUUAGUAGUCUGUAUGAUAUUUUCAUAAAACACUGAAAACUACUGGAAGCUUCUCAAAUACUGUAUUUUUGUAGUGAAGAGUAGUUUAAUAUAUUUGCCUAGAGAUGUAUACAUUCUUUGGAAAAUACAAAAAUGCCGUUAAUUGCAUUUGUUACUGUAAACUGGCUAAUUACCAAAGUAUGGCAUAGCAGUUGAACUUUUUCUGAUGCAGCCCUCCUUCGAGGGAAGCUAGAGUUGAAAUAAGCCUAUUGCUUUAAGCAGUAAGAGUCUUCUGAGACUUCAGGUACUUAAUACAGACAAAUGCUGAAUUUUUAUUUAAGCAGAGGUCUUCAAUGAAGGGGUAGCUUAAUUUUUUUUCUGUACCCUCUUCUGUGAAUGAAGGGUCUGAAAUGCAGAAGUUUUUAGCAGCAUCUUCAGCUCUUGGCUGGUGGUUUAAAUUUUGAACGGUCCUAGUUGGCAUUACUGAAAACUACUGCUGCUUCUUGUGCCUUGAAGCAAUGAGGAAACAUUUAAUUUCAACAUUAAUUUUGGAAUUAAUGUUGAAACAUUAAUUUCAGUUUCCUCCUUGUGCCUCAGUGGAUCUCUGGAAAGAACUGGUUGCCUAUACCUCACUGAUAACCUGUGUUCUAGACUUUAUUCCACAGCUUUCUGACUCUCUGGUUCAGAGAAUCAGAGAAACCAGUAGUGCCUUUGAACGAUGGCUUAACGGUUUGAAAUCAAAAAUGGUAUUAUCUGUGGUCAUAACUGGACACAUGUUAAGCAAGACUUAACUCUUACUUUUUACUGGCCUUAUUUUAAAAUAAUAUGGGUACUACUUUGCCUUCAGCUGCUGAAGUCAUUGCAAUACUAUGUAUAAUGCUUUUGGAGUAAGGAUUUUAUGAAACUUACACAACUGAUAAGGUGCGUUCCUGUUGGCAAGAGUGCGUAUCUUGAAGUCACACACACACGUGCACAAAAUAUGUGCUAAUAACAAUCUUCUUAAAGAUGAAGCUUUAAAAUAUCCUUUCUUGGUAGCCUUUUUGCCAGUUAUGACUUUGUCCAGUAAUGUGGACCCCAAGUCCUCUGGCUUUUGCUCCCUGGGUUGUUUUCUCCUGUGGUCACAGGCGUUGAGUCUCGCACUGAACAGCAGGAGCACUGCUGCAAGGUUACAAUCCUGUACAAGCCACACUUUUACUUCGGUAGCUGUGAAAACGUUGCACAAAUCUUGUACCUCAAUCUUUUAUUGGCAAUACUAUUUAAAGCCUUUCUUUGGCGUAAGGGGCUUGGCAUUUUAUGUCAAACAAGGUGCUUAACCUCGUAGGUAGUGACUUUGAGGCUUGAGAAUAGAGUGUAUUGUUUUAUCAUUGAAGGAUCUUAAUGUAUCUUUUCCUGUUUGUACUGUCUGCUUUUAGCCUGGGUACGUACUUGUUUUUAAAUGACCUUUGGUUUCGUGGAACACUAAAAUAAAAGUAUCUUAAAUCUGG